AUGCCAGCUGCAGAGUCGUCCAAUCCCGUUAUAGUCCUCCUUCCGGAUGGCUCUAUUCGUUUGUAUCACGAGCCGCUGCUGCAGGUUGCAGACGUUUUGAGAGGCUUCCCCUGCCAUUCUCUCGCGUCGCUCAACCAACCACUUACCAAAAAUAGCGCCGCUGAUCCUAUAGCAGCGGCGACACGCCCUGCAUCUGCAGCAGACAGCCAUUCCCGCCAAUCUGCCGCUGAUGUCACCCCACCGCCGGUCGCGGCAGCUGCGGCUACCGCAAGCAGUAGCGGCGGAUCCCCGGCUGCUGGAACAUCCGCGGGCCUCCUUUUCCCCGCCACCUCCGCGUCCAGACGUUUGCGGGAGCCUGGCGUUCCCGCGCCCCUUCCGCGGGAACAGUUUCUGCAGCCGGGCGGGACGUACGCGCUGUUCCGCCCUGCGGCUCUCGCGCGCGCUGCGUCGGCCACAUUCGCGGAAUCUUCCGUCGGUCGCAUCGCCGAUGCCGCGCCCACAGGUGGGGUUCCCGCCGCGGCAGCCCCCCCUACGUCCCUUCCCACGCAAGCUUCCGCCGCGCCCCUCAUCUCUCCGCGCGGCCUCAUCUCCGCCUCCUCGCGGAAGCUCGUCCGCGCGCUCACGGCACUGCCCCGCCCGCGCCUCUCGCGGAACAGCGAAGUCCGCGCAGCGGCGGACCGCAGAUUAUCCACGUUCCUCGCAGCCUACGACGGCAGUACCGGCGGCAACGGCGGGGGCGGCGGCGGCGGCGGCGACGGAGGAGGGGGAGCAGCAGGCGGAGGCGGCUGUUGCGACGGCGGCAGCAGCAGCUUUUCAGAGGGAGCGGGGCCGUGGUCACUAGUAGACUUUCUAUCUCCGACAGGCAAGCCGGCGGAGGGGAAGGUCAAGCGGGGAUUCGAGUUUCCCGCGCUUCGCGGGAAGGGCCGCGGCGAGCGCGAGGGCAACGAAGCGGCGGCGAACGCGGCGCUCGCCGCCGCCGCCUUCACGAGCGACUGGGCGAGCCAGAUGGCGGAGUUCAUUGGCGCGAGCUCCGCUUCUUCCGCUUCUUCCGCUUCUGUUACUAUUUCUGCUUCUUCACUGUUCAGCGCUAGUAGCGGCGCGGCGAGAAAUCAAGCGUUUAUUGCUGAGCGACAGCAAAGAGCCGACCUGGGAGUGCAGGAUCGCUGCAGCGCGCCGACUGCCACGGAGAAGGAGAACAGGGCCAGCAGCGUCGGUAGGCGGGGUGGCAGUGGCAGUGGCGGGGGAGCUAGCGGUGCGGGCGGGCAGGGGAGCGGGCCGUGGGGCGGGCGCCGGGCGUUUAGCGGACUGCUGCUGCCAGCAGUUGUGUCGGCCGGUGUGGCGGAGGAGGCGGUGAAUGGCACUGGGGUGAAUGGCACUGGGGAUGGCCGUGCUGCAACGCUUACUAGUGCAGGUGCGAGCAGUGCCGCGAUCGGUGGUGGUUCAUGGCAUGGUGGGAUGACUAGAAGCAGGAGCUCGACGAGCGUGAGAGAGAGCAACAGUUAUGGGAGUGAGGACUGGAGCGGCAGCGGCAGUGGCAAUGGCAGUGGCGGUGGCAGUGGCAGUGGCGGUGGCAACAGCAGCAGCAGCAGCGGCAGUUUUAACAUAUUUAGAAGCAACAGUAUGCGGAGCACUGUGACGAGCAACAGCAACGGUGGCAGCAGCGGCAGCGGCAGCGGCAGCGGCAGCAGCGGGAGGUUGCAGUCGGGAUCUCAGAGGUUAGCUCAGUUCAAGUCGCUGCGCCUGCAGGUGGCACGUCCCUCGGGUGCUGCUUUGAUGGGCGAGCACGGGGCAAGACUGGACACCGUGGGACCCAGAACCACAGGCUCGUGGAGUUCUGGCAAUGGCUGGGUGCCCAGCGCGAGUGAGAGGAGUGGAGAGAAGGCGAAUGUAGGGGCCCGGAUUGGAGGGGCUGGGGGCUGGCAGGCAGGGAGUUUCUCUACAGGCAGCAGCGGAGGAGGCGCAUCUGGGGUAGGCGUUACCAGUAGGGAUCGAGCGAGUGGGGAAGUUUUGAGUAGCAGCAGGCCUGGCGGCCGAGGGGCGCGUGAGGAAAGGGACGGGUUUCCAAGGUAUGCAGGGGAAAGGGGUGGAGCAGGGAGUGGCGAGGGUGAGAGAGCUGGUGAAGGUGCCACAAGGGGUGGGGCAUCCAGGGAAGGAACGCGUGCGAGGGAUGGCAUGAAGGACGGCAUGAGGGAUGGCAUGAGGUAUGGGAGGGCUGCUGCUGAUGGGUCUGGUGCUGUUGGGCAGACGUCGACUCUCAUAAGUCCGACGUCUCCUGGCGGUGGGUCGAGAUGGGUGAUGGAUUGGUUCUCCCCCAGAGUGCUCUCUGCGCCCUCCACUCCGCUACCACUGUUGCCACGACCUGCUGUUGUCACCCCUCCGUUAACCAUGCUACCAAGGGGAUCACCCACUGAGGCGUUUAAAGUGCCGCCUCUUGCGCCACCAGUGAGAGUGAUAUCCACUGCGUCCUCUACCACGAGCUCCAGCAUGUCACUUGCUUCCCCAGUCGCCGCUGCUCAAGUUUCUCCCAACUCGUUACAAACGGCCCCGGAUGCAGUGCAUGAUGACAUGGGGCCAAACCAACAGGGCUACAGCUCCUUCAAGGAUAAGCGAGUUCCAUCUGCUUUACUUGUUUUUCCGUAG